AUGGGUAUUCGGUACCAGCCUUUGAACAUUUCAAAUGCUAAUGAGCUGAAACACAUCCAAAGAUUGAUUGAUGCAGAUCUUAGCGAGCCUUACUCAAUAUACGUUUACAGAUACUUCUUAAACCAGUGGCCAGAGCUGUGCUUCUUAGCUUUCAGCAAUGACACAGAGAACCCUGUUGGUUGCGUGGUCUGUAAAUAUGAAACUCACAGAGGAGCCAGGCUCCGAGGAUAUAUCGGAAUGUUAGCAGUCGAUCAAAAGUACAGAAGGCGGGGGAUUGCGAAAAAGCUUGUGGAGCAGGCCAUCCAGAAAAUGCAGGAGAUUGGUUGCGAUGAGAUUAUGCUUGAAACAGAGGUUGAAAACACAACCGCACUACAGCUAUAUGAGGGAAUGGGGUUUAUCCGCUUAAAGCGCAUGUUCAGAUACUACCUUAAUCAAGGAGAUGCCUUUAAACUCAUUCUGCCGCUUACAGAGAGGAGCUGUACCAGGACCACAUUUCUGUUACAGCCUGAGACUGCCUUUGCUUGA